GUCAUUGCUAAGGCUGCGUUCUCAUUUAGACGUGACUAUCAGCAGCAGACCUUGUGCCGAGCUUUCUUGGCCUCAGUUUCCCCUACUUUCAAACAAGAGGAGUCAUGCUGUCCUGUUUCUGGUUCUUCUCCAAGCACAUCGGCCCUGCAUUGAUGUCCCUGCCCCGUGUGCUACACAGAUGCACUGUCCCACCGUGUUUGGCAGCCAGGUAUCCUUUAGGUACCAUACCAGUCUCCCCUCGACGUCUGCUGGCCUCUGUGGCCUCCUCCCAAGGCUCUGCUGGGCCUGCCAGGGUGCGCCAGAACUUUCACCCGGACUCUGAGGCAGCCAUCAACCGCCAAAUCAACAUGGAGCUGUACGCAUCCUACGUGUACCUGUCCAUGGCCUACUACUUCUCCAGGGAUGAUGUGGCCUUGUACAACUUCUCCAAGUAUUUCCUUCGGCAGUCCCUGGAGGAGAGGGAGCAUGCAGAGAAGCUAAUGAGGCUGCAGAACCAACGCGGAGGCCGGAUCUGCCUCCAGGAUAUCAAGAAGCCAGACCAAGAUGACUGGGAGAGCGGACUGCGGGCCAUGGAAUGUGCUCUGCUCCUGGAAAAGAGCGUAAACCAGUCGCUGCUGGACCUGCAUACUCUGGCCUCAGAAAAAGGAGAUCCUCAUUUGUGCGACUUUCUGGAAACCCACUACCUGAAUGAGCAGGUGAAGUCUAUCAAAGAAUUAGGUGACCAUGUGCACAACUUAGUCACCAUGGGGGCUCCAGCUGCUGGCCUAGCGGAGUAUCUUUUUGACAAGCACACCCUUGGAAGUGAGAGCAAGCACUAAGGCAGAGGCUGCCUUUCCAGUACCCUAGUGAGUCCCAAGACCUGGAGUUAGCGGUUGCCUGCUUUCUUGCCCUUAAAAUUCAACUCUGUCUUUACAUUCUCUUUUUUGGACUAUUCUGCCAGUGUUUUGUAGAGAUAAUUUGCUCACCCCGGUAUUAACCACAGCUUUCUGCCCACGCCAAAAUACUAAUAUUUUCCCAGCCUAAAAGAUAGCCCAAAAUACUAUGGUAUAAAAAGGAUGGAAAACACAACACUGAAAUUAGAUACAAGAUCAUGCUCUUAGAAUGUUAUUAAAUGUUGUUCCUAACCAUGAACCUUAAUCGAAAUUCCAUAAUUUUCAAUUCAACAAUCUGUUCUGUAUUCGAGAUCUUAUGCACAAUGCUCAGGCAGGAAAAUAUGCAAUCUAUAAUAUAGUAUAAUAUAAUAUAAUAUAUAAAUAACCCUAAAACAGAGAAGAUGUAGAGUACUAUGAAAAUCACACGUGCAAAUUUUUUGACAACUAUUCUAUUUUCCCAGUGUGUUAUAAGAAAUGGCAAUGUAUGGAGAUGACCUGGGUUUUUUUCUUUUUAAACUUUCAUGUCAAAUUUGGCAUUAGCUACAUUGGGUAUCAGUGGUGGUAUUGGGCAGCUUAAGUGGAUUCACAUUUUAAGGGUUCUGAGAAGUCUUUUAAUUAAA